GAUCUAUCUCACUGAAAUAUCAAUCUCACCUCACAGUACCAAUGGGCGAGUGAGGUGUAUCCCCGCGAGCACUCAUACACCGACGCAAAUUUCAGUAAUCAGGAAGUCGAGCUCAAAAUGGGGAGCUCACGCGCCUGCAGGAAGCCAGCCAAUCAACGAUGACGACUUGAUCGAGGCGAAAGUAGCUGAUCGUUGGCGCCCUUCGCGUGUCAAACCUGAACAACCACCACAACAUCCUCCAAAGUUGAUGUUGAUUCUGACUUAUUUUCAUUUCCGCAACUGGAAAACUAUCUAACUGGAAGCCUACAUCGUAUUAUCGAGAACGUCCACUACGCAACAGUUCCAACUUCAGUCUGUCAGCCGUUAUCAGACUUCAUCUCAAAAUGGACGUGGAGUGUCAGUGCGGUACUGUCGAAUUCAAGACCCCAGCACCAGAGCCCCUCGACAUCUACUGCUGCCACUGCUCGCAAUGUCGCAAACAAUCCGCAUCAGCCUUUGGUACAUCGGCAAUCUUCCCCGCCGAUGGCCUCUUCCCACUCACGGAUGAUCUCAAGUCGAAGCUCCAGGUCUGGACUCGUCUCACAAAGAGCGGCGGGCACAUGGACUGCUUCUUCUGCCGGCUAUGCGGGACUCGGGUCUUUCAUCGCACUUACGAUGAGAAUGGAGUACCUAAAUCAACAGUCAGCAUCAAAGGGGGACUUAUUUUGGGGCUCAAGGUUGACAGGGGAAAGCAUAUUUGGACGAGCAGCGCGGUCGUGAGAAUUUCUGAUGAUGCCGAGAGGUACGACGAAUCACCGCCUGCAACGCCCGACAGUGGCCAGGAUUGAAAGGCUUUCAAGGCCUCAAAAUGAGCAAAAACAUCUUCAGUCCUCAUUCGGCUGUUCAAAGAAACUCGUCUCUUCAGGUAGGGUAUGUUUGCAUCCCGAAUCUAGGUUACACAUGCUCCUACUUGCUCCCCAGUGUCAUCGUCUUGUCGACUGGGGUAAAUUGGAUGUAACACAGACUAGAUGGUGUGUAAUAUUGACAAUCCACGCU